UCAUCACUAAUAAUAAAAAUGAAGGUUCAAAUCUUCCUAAUCGGGCUCAUCCUCUUCAUGAGUACUGCAAGUUGUGGAUAUGAUGCAUCUUUUGCGACCAAAAUGGUCUAUGUAUCAGGCCUCUCUUACUGCCAAGCUGACCAGAUCGUGAAUGACAAGUGUGGGAAAGCUACAGACCAAGUUAGGAAUACCUAUAAGAUGGAUGUCGAAUAUGCCAUGGAUAAUGGUAAGAGCGUCAACUCCAUAACUAUGGCUGUUCUCAAGUCUGACAACGACAAACAAUACUUUGUAGGAUUCUCUGGAACCAGAGAGACUUCACAGCUGAUCGCUGAAAUUGCUGAGUCUUUUCCUAGGAGCUAUGAGAUUCACCCCGAGAUUGGAGAAGCCAAGGUCAUGGACUACUUCUAUCAACGCUAUCUUGACGAUUUCAGAGAUCCAUUCUUGCAGAAAAUUAAGGAGAUCAUCAAGGGAAAUCCUAGUUAUGGAAUUACUUUCACAGGGCAUUCUCUUGGAGGUGCAAUGACUGUACACGCCGCUGCUGAUUUCAUCCUUUCUGGAAUAGACACAAACAGAAAAGUUCAGAUCUACUCCUUCGGGCAACCAAGGGUAGGUGAUCAUAAGUUUAUCGAUGGAUUCGCUAGCAAGGUAUCAGGAUUCUACAGGGUGACCCAUUCCAAGGAUAUUGUUGCUCAUAUUCCUCCAUGUAUUACAGAUCUUCAUGACGGUUGCACAGAAAGUGGUAUUCUCCCAUUCUACCCCUAUCACGCUCCUCAAGAAAUUUGGUAUAACGAAGAUUCUUCUAGCUACACUCAAUGUAGUACUAAAGAGGGUGAGGAUCCAACUUGCUCCAACUCAAAUGCACUUAAUGAUAGUGUGGAUGACCAUUUGAAGUACCUUGGUCUUCCUAUCUCAGGUCUCACCUCAUACCCUGCAUCAUUAGAGGAGCUUUUAAAGGCAUAAAUUGCCAAAUAGUUUGAUUUUACCAAAGUUAUGCUUCAAUA